AUCUUUUUACUUAUAGAUGGCAACAACUAUCAAAACAAUGGGUAAAUAUGAUGCGUAAUGUUUAGUGCGAAUUUGUAAAUUCAUUUUAUUUUCAUUUAUCGUUAUUUAUUAAUAUAUCCUAAUUUGUGGAAACAAUAUAUUUUAAAUUUAUGGGUAUUUUGUAAUAAUUCAUUGCAAUGGCUGAAAGUGAAGAUUGUCAGUUGUCAGCUUUACAAACAGAGUUUAAGAAGCUGAGAGUUGAUUUAAAUAGCCUUGGUCGGAUAGAAAAGCAUACAAAUAAAUGUUGGAAGACACAUAGUGGUUCAAGUAGAGAACAAGACACUAGCUCUAGCUGUGCACAUCUUGCAAAAUCUGAUCCCUGUAAAUGCCGUAAUGUGACCUGUGGGAAGGCAAUAUCUCGGAAAAAGAAAAAACACUGUAGCAAGCGAAGUCUUUCUGAUAAAUCGUUUACUUCAGAAAUUAAUGUAAGUCAUCAGUCUGGACUGCCUGAUUGUGUUCAAAAUGUAAAUGGUCUUGCCACUAAAUGUUGCUCAAAUAAAAACUUCUUAGAUCAUAGACUGUCAUUCAGCGGACAAUGUGCUGCUCAACAUGCUUCCCAAGAUCAUGCUGAUGACAUUAAUGUAGAUGAGCUAGCUGGCUACUUUGAUAAUUUUGUUUAUAUACCUAAAAAAAUGUCUGAAAUGGCGGAGAUGAUGUAUACAUAGCAUAUUGUUGUGUAUUUCUCAUUAGCAUAAUGUCUUUUUUUUUACUGUUUGCAAUGUAUGAAUGUUAGAUUUAUGAUAAACUAAUGAGCUGCCACUUAUAUUGAAUGUUUAUAACGUCAGGCUCACUUAGCCAGAUUAUUUUGGAGAUUUCUAUCUUUAAACAUUGAACUAGAAUGAUUGCAUUGCCCUGUUUUCUCUUAUUUUAUUAUAUUGUUUUAAAUAAUCUUGGGAUGAUUCUGCUCCAUCAUUUGAAAGAAUUUCUUAAAUUGUAUUAAUAAUAUUUGUAAAAAUAUACUAAUAAAUCUCAGAUUCAAAAUUAUUCUACCAUUGACAUUUUUAAAUUACAUUUCUUUUUGCAUUUGAAUAAUAAAGCAUGUCCAUUUUUUUUCUUAUAAAAUGUAUGUUGUUAAUAAAGAUCAAGUUUUUAUAUA